AUGAAAAACGAGAGAAAAAAAGAUACACCUGAACAAUUUCCUUCAGUGGUUAAUUUAUUAGCUGAAUCAUACAAUCCACAUGUACGAUGUGGUGCUGCAAUGGCACUUGGUUUAGCUUGUGCUGGUACAGGCAAUCGGGAAGCUAUUGCUGUACUUGAACCAAUGUUAAAUGAUGCUGUGAAUUAUGUUCGACAAGGUGUUUUAAUAGCAUCUGCACUUAUUUGUAUUCAACAUACAGAAGCAACUUGUCCAAAAGUAAAAAUGUUUCGUGAACAUUAUAUGAAAGUAAUUAGUGAUAAACAUGAUGAUAUUAUGGCAAAAUUUGGUGCCAUUUUAGCUCAUGGAAUUCUUGAUGCUGGUGGUCGAAAUGUUACUGUAUCAUUAUUAACACGUAGUGGUCAAACAGAUACAAUGUCUGUUGUUGGAUUACUUGUUUUUACACAAUUUUGGUAUUGGUUUCCAUUCAGUUUAUUUCUUUCAUUAGCAUUUUCACCAACAUGUUUAGUAACACUUAAUCAAGAUCUCAAGAUGCCAAAUGUGGAUUAUAUAUCAAAUGCUCCACCAUCUGUAUUCGCAUAUCCACCAGCACUUGUGGAUAAAAAAGAAGAAAAAAAAGAAAAAGUCGAAACAGCUAUACUUUCAACAACAGCUAAACAAAAAAAACGUGACCUUGAAAAGAAAGGUGAAAAAACUGAUGAACCUACAGCAAUGGAAACAGAUUUAGAUGAGAAAAAAACUACUAAUGCUACUACAACUACUACUGUUGAUGAUGAUACUAAAUCAAAGAAAGAUAUUGAUGACAAGGACAAGGCGACAUCAAUAGAAAAGAAAGAUGAUUCAACAGUUCCAUCAAAUAAAAAAGAAAAAGAACCCGAUUCGGAAAUACUUCACAAUCCGACACGAGUAGUGAAAGCUCAACAACGUUUACUUUCAUUACCGAAAGGUUCACGAUAUCAAACAAUUAAAGAUAUAACACAUGCUGGAAUUAUUCUUGUUAAAGAUACACAAAUGAAUGAACCAGAAACAUUAGUUGAAUUAGCUAAAGCUGGUGGACCAACAAAAGAAGAAGACUUACCAGAACCACCUCCACCUGAACCAUUUGAAUAUCGCGAUGAAUAA